UUUACAAUCAAUGAAAAUUCAAAGUUAAUAAUUGAAAAUAAAAAUGAAAGCAAAACUAUUAAGUGCUGUGUCAAUUUUACUGUUUUUGGACAUUCUACACAAGUGUUUGGGAAGAGCAGGGGAACUGGUUGAACAACCAUUGAUACAAUUAAGUCACGAUGAUGACUUGGAUGAUAAUUACCCGGAAGUUAAAGAUGAGGUGCAUUUGGAGGAUUUCUUUUGGACAGGUUCGGGUGAUGGCCCUCCCGAUUAUUUGAAGAAGGUGCAUACGGGCAUUAGCAAGGGCAAGGAUGUGAUAGUUAAGACCGAAACUGUCGUUGCCACCGUUUAUGUAGAUGGCAAUAAUGAAAUCGAGAUACCAAUUUGUCUAGACUGCCAGCCUGACGAUGGUGGCGGUAAUUGGGAUUUAGGUGCGCCAGGAAUGCCGCCUCUCAAUUACUCCUCAACCGAUCGGCGAUAUUGGCUUCUCACAGUCAUGUCUGGUUUCUAUACCGCCAAGGAUAAUCCCAUGCUCGAAGAGAAGUUGGCACGACUCUAUCGUUUAGCAUUCACCAGACAACAAACACGCCACCUGGGCAUAAAUGGGGCACAGCAAAUUGCGGGCGUAUCGGUAUACACGCCACGAGAACGUCGCCAACCAGCCACGCCAACUACUUCCACAUCCCGCCCAGCAACAACGACCUCUUGGCCAAGCGACGAUGUCGAAAUACUGGAUAUGGAUGUGGAUAGUGAGCACCAAAUCAAAACAGUUUGGAAGGCAGGGGACAGACCUGAAUGGGAGAGUCACUGGGACGAGUCGGGCGAGUUGCUAAGUAGCUCCAACACACCGCCGACGACAACAACAUCGACGACAACAACAGGCACGAGCAGCGAGUCCAUAGACUAUAGCGCAUAUGUUACGCUUAUCCCCUGGGAACUUAUACAACAGAAUGGCAAGUCGGAGAAGUUGCAGGAAAUGCGUGAAGCGUUGUUAAGUCAACAACAGCAACAGGAACGGGAACAGAAACGGGAACGGGAACAACUACAGCAAACAAUCUAUAGGGAGGAACGAGUUCGAGUUGUCAUACACAACAUCACGCAAAUCAGCGAGUCUGAUGUGCAAAAGUGGAACAACUCCGCUAAUAACGAAGUCGAUGCAAGCGACGCAUACUCUUAUGUUAACCUCAAAUUCAACGAACGCCCCGUGGCCAAUCAGACUGAAAUCAUCUACACGGUGCUCGUGAAUGGACGUCCUGUUUUGGCCACCACGGCUGCCAAGGAUAUGGAGCUGGUUACUGAAGCCGAGGCCGUUGGUACUUUGGGGAAGGCCAUCUAUAUGAAAUCAGAACCAUAUAUAAGGGAACCGACAGCAACGGCCUUGGCGCCUGUGCCACGCAGCAGUCAAGCUGGCUUCUUCAAUUCUGUGAAAAAUAAUGUGGCUCUAGUGGUAAUCAGUUCCUUGGCCAUCUUAUUGCUUAUGCUGCUCUUGGUUGCAAUUCUGCUGCUGGGACGCACGCGUGCUCGUCAACAAGAGCUGAGUGAGGUCAAUAGAACAUCUUCACGCAAUGAGUUGCUGUCUGAGGGUCAAUCAAUGCGUCCCAGCUCACGAGGCACCUUACUGGACAGCGCUGUUGGUGGCUCCGCUGGCAAUGGCGCUGAUCAGAGCACCAAUCGGUCUCGGGACGUGGGCGUGCAGAACUUCUCGUAUGAGCGGCAGCCACGCAUCAGUUUCCCAGCUCCACCGGCUGAGACACACACACAUAAUGUGCGAGUUCGUCGUGAUUCUAUUUCAUCCACAGACAACACAUCGGAUUCCUCGGUUUACUGUCCCAUCAAUCCGCCCAGUGCCGAUGUGCAGCGCAUACUCGACGACAAGGCAGCCAGGCUCUUUGAUGGUCAUAAGCGACGGCGUCAUCAGUACGAUCGUGCUGAGGGCGGUCACGACGAUACUAUCUAUGCUUCUGUGGUGUCUAAGAAGAAGAACGACAAGUCGCGGCACAAGUCUAAGCGUCGCUAUCUAAAUGAGAAUCGCGUCGGUUCACUAGAGACUAGCCCAGUUCAGGGCUCUCUAGCACAGAGCAACUCCUCAACGGAGGAAGGCAAUUCGCCGGCAACCAGUCGUCGCAGCUACGAAAACUUCCAGCGCAACGAGGCCUACAAUCCGCACAAUAACUAUCAUCGCAACAAGCUUCUGCAGCAGCAGACAGUAUUCACUGACAAAGAGUUCCCUGAGGACGAUAUUGUGGCAUCACCUCAGGCCAUCAACAAGGAAGUUGUGCGUUCGCGCGGUGUACAGCCAUCGGAGAAGAGUUCGGAUACCGCCAGCGUGGGCUCAUUUCUGUCCAUGGCAUCGGUGCGGGCCUUUCCCAAGAGCACAUUGCCGGAACCGUUGAAUCGUGUACUCGACCCGGUCUUCGUCACCUACUACGAUAACGUAAAUGCUGUGGCACCGCAGGCGUCAGCGCCGCAGAGCUCGACGCGUUCGCUAAAGUCGCACAAAUCGCUGGGCAGUCGAGAGAGCACCAUAGCAACGAUAGCCAGUUUUCCCAGUCCCAAGGCGCCGCCUCCCAUACGGAAUGUGCGUUCCGCUUCGCACAGCGAUAAUCCCGAUCCGGGCAUUGUGGGACCCAUUGUCUGGGAGCGGCAUAAGAAACGUUUGGGCAGCGCUGACAACCAGGAGGCCCGGAGCUAUGCUGAGUUUAGCCCCAGUCCCAUGCACGAUGCCUCAGCCAUACGCAACCAUUACGAGGGUCUGCUCGAGGGCGCCAUCCAGAUGUAUGCCAGCCAGGACGAUCUACCCAUGCCAUUGCCCUCGCGUGACUUUACCAACAAGCGACGCACCACAAAGCGCGAGCAUCGCGGCUCCUCCGCCGGACUGCCCAGCUAUCCUCCCAAGGCGUACAAUACAGCUGAUCGCCCGGCCACCGCACAGCCGGAGAAGACACCGAAGUCAGCGCAAUCCACGCAACCGCCGUCACCAACAUACAGCGCCUGGGGCAGCAGCAUGCACGGCUCGCAUUCCCCGCUGGUGCGUCCGUUGAGUGCGGGAAACUUUCAGCAACACGACACCAUCUUGGAGAUCUCAAGAGGUGCCUUAGCCAGCUCGACGGCCACGACGCCGGGACGUGAACGAAAGGCGUCGUCGGCAGCAUCAGCAGCGCCUCUGAUUGAGGCCAUUCAGAGUGAACUGCGCAAGUUCAAGACGCAGGAGGAUUAAUCUACAAUCAACUGCAUAUCACGAUAAUCUUUUUCGACUUCAUUAGCAUUAGAAUUAGCAUUUCACAAUAUUUAGAUACUUUUUGCUAUUAACUCUCAUUGUACAAGAAUAUAACUGAGAUUCAUUGUGAAAUAAAUUCCAAGUAGCAAUGCUUUGCAGUUG